ACAGUGAAGACUGGACUCCAUGACCAAAGCUUGUCGCGAGGCCGAACGGAGGGUUCUCCGUCUCCUCCACGGCCACGAAACUCGCAAAAACCUCCCUCAAAUCCAUGCCCACUUCCUCCGCCACGGUCUCCAAAAAUCCAACCAAGUCCUCGCUCACUUCGUCUCCGUUUGCGGUUCUCUCAACAAAAUGAGUUACGCCACUCGCCUCUUCCAACAGACUCCGAACCCCAACAAGAACCUCUUCAAUUCCAUGAUCAAGGGUUACUCUUUACGCGGACCCUUUGGAAAUGCCCUGCUUUCGUUCAAUCUUAUGAAGAGUCAAGCCAUUUUUCCAGACGAGUACACUUUCGCGCCGUUGCUCAAGGCAAGCUCGAGUCUUUGUGAGUUUAGAAUCGGUCAGUGUGUUCAUUCCCAAGUUCUGAGAUCUGGGUUUGAGUCAUUUAGUUCCAUACAGAUUGGGAUUGUUGAGCUUUGUUCAACUUGUUUGAGGAUGGACGAUGCCAAGAAGGUGUUCGACGAAAUGCCUCACAGAGAUGUAAUUGUUUGGAAUUUACUUAUCCGUGGCUUUUGCAAAGGUGGUAAUGUUGAUAUGGGUUUAUCCCUUUUUCGAAAAAUGAGUGAGAGGAGCAUUGUUUCUUGGAAUUCAAUGAUUUCCUGCCUAGCUCAAAGUGGGAGAGAUAGUGAAGCUUUGAGAAUCUUUGUUGAAAUGCUAGAACAAGGUUUUGAGCCUGAUGAUGCUACUGUGGUGAGUGUGUUGCCUGUUUGUGCUCGUUUGGGGGCUGUUGAUGUUGGGCAAUGGAUACAUUCUUAUAUAGAUUCUAAAGGACUGUUACAAGAAGUUGUUUCUGUUGGGAAUGCACUCAUCGAUUUCUACUGUAAAUGUGGAAGUUUGGAAUUAGCCUCAGCUAUUUUCAGGCGAAUGCAUCACCGAGAUGUUAUUACAUGGAAUGUAAUGGUUUUAGGCCUGGCUUUUAAUGGGAAAGGACAACAUGGUGUUGAGUUGUUUGAGGAAAUGUUGAACAAAGGGGUAAAGCCUAAUCAUGCCAGUUUUGUAUCGGUUUUGGCAUGUUGUGCUCAUGCUGGUUUGGUGGAAAAAGGAAGAGAUUUGUUUGCUUCAAUGUCGUUGUCUCAUAAUGUUAAACCGAAACUUGAACAUUAUGGAUGUAUGGUUGAUAUUCUUUGUAGAAAUGGAGGUAUUAAAGAGGCUCAUGACAUGAUCAAAAGCAUGCCAAUGAAACCAAAUGCUGCUUUAUGGGGCUCAUUGCUUAGUUCUUGUCGUACUUAUGGUGAUUUGGAACUUGCGGAAACAGCGCUUUGUGAGCUUAUCAAUCUUGAACCAUGGAAUUCUGGUAAUUAUGUGUUGUUGUCAAACAUUUAUGCAGAAGAAGGUAGGUGGGAAAAGGUGGAGCAGGUCAGAGUGUUGAUGAGAGAAAAUUGUGUUAAAAAAGAGCCAGGACACAGUGCAGUUGGAUUCAGCUGAUAAAAUAUGUUUGUUGAAGCCUAGAAUUGUUUUAUUUGUGGCUGAUCUCAAAUAUUUGGUCCCCUUCUUGAUGACCAAUGGUGUAAUGCUCAAGACAAGAAUGAUGUCUCUUUGGACUCUUUUGUCCCGGGAGAUGGUAUCGAAAAGUGGACUAAACCAGCUGAAAAUACAAUUAAGAUCAACACUGAUGCUGCAUUAUCUUGGGAAUUUGGUGGAGGCUCGUGUGGCUUGCAGGGACGGGUUGAUUCAGCCGAAUAUGGCCGAGGCAAUUGAACUGAAAGAGGUGCUAAGCUACAGCCAAGUUGGAAGGUGGUCGUUGAAAUGAAUUUGCUAUUGCUGGUUCAGUUCAGGCUAUUCAACACUGGAGGUCUGUUGCUCAUGGUGGUCCGAUGGUGUCAUACUUAGGGGUGGUGGUAGAGGAUUGCAAGCGCCUAAUUAGAAACAUGACCAAAUGUUUCUUAGUAUUUUAUCAAAUUGUUUACUAAUGGGGUUGCUCAGUCUAGCACGAACAUCCUGUUUUACUUCUGAUGUUCCCUUUGUAGUUCAAGAUGCUAUGUUAUUUGAUUUGAAUUAAUGAAUAAAAGCAGUAAGAAUAUAUGAGUGAGAUUGCUCUAGACCUUGUUUGUAAAGUGAAAAGCAGUAGUAUACAAAUGUCAUACAUUAAUCUAAAUUACAAAAUGAAGAAUACAGAUUUUUAAGUAG